ACGCCACUGGAAUAUAAACAAACAGGGAUUAUUAUCAUUACUAUUUUUUCCAUUUUUACGCCAUAUUUCUCCCAAAAACAGAACAAUAAGCCGAGUGGGAAGCAAGAAAAGGUACUCCACGAGCGCAGAAAUACGGAUAUAUGUCCUAAAAGCCUAAAAUAAAAGGCCCAGAGGCGAAGUUGCCGGGAGACCAGACUCCAGCGCUGUGUGACAAGAAGUAAAAUGAUAAAUGGGAUAUGGCUAAUGUAUUUAGUCGGAGCUGGCAUAAGGCUCUGGCUAAUGAACACACCGUGGGCCGAGUGCAUAGCGAAGCGUGUAGAACUCUCAACGCCUCUCAACUCUUGGAAAAGAGUGGAGGAGGGAGUGUUUCUUCACAGCCAAGACAUAGCUGUCUACAGUGGGGGAGUCUUCCAUGAAACUCCCUUUUGCCUUCUGUUUGGGGGCUUCCUCAUCAGAAGAGGAUAUCCAGUGAUAUUUGGCACUCUUGUUGCUCUCGUGGCUUACCAGUCUUUCUACCCUAUAUGCCUGAUGGUGCCUGGGAUACUCUUCUUUAUGCAGAGUGACAGCCACAAUCUGAAGGCAGCCUUGUUGAAGCCUCUCCUGUCAUUCUUGGUGUCUCUGGGGCUGCUGAUGGUGAUUUCCGCAGAGAUUGCAGGAGGAUGGGAGUUCCUCGAAGCUACGUACGGAUUCAUCCUGGCAGCACCAGACCUCACGCCAAACAUCGGACUCUUCUGGUACUUCUUCACCGAGAUGUUCGAACACUUCCGGCUUUUCUUCCUGGCGACCUUCCAGAUCAACGCCUUUGUCUACGUACUCCCCUUGGCAAUACGGUUAAGGAAGGACCCCGUACUCCUGGCUACGGCUCUGCUCGCAUUCACGGCUGUCUUCAGGAGUUAUCCAGCUUUGGGGGAUGUGGGUAUCUACCUCUCCCUCCUACCCAUGUGGAAGCACUUGUACCCUUUUAUGCGUCAGACAUUCAUCGUUGGCUGUAUGUUUGUUGCCACUUCUGUCUUAGGCCCCAUCAUGUAUAACCUUUGGAUCUUCAGCGGUUCUGCGAAUGCAAAUUUCUACUUUGCCGUCACUUUAGCUUUCAAUACCGCACAGAUAUUCCUGGUGACGGACCUGCUGUUUGCCCAUGUCAAGAGAGAGUACCACCUCAUACAUGGCUCAAAGAUGGAGGUGGACGAAGUCCCAGCCAGGCUUAUUCUACAGUAAAAUCUUCCCCUCGACGCUUUUACUUUUGUAUUUCACGACAUAAUCUUCAAUAUUUUGCUAUUGACCAAUCCUUUUUUUAUAAAGAUGAGUUGUGUGUUGCAUGGACCUCAUAGCAUUCAUUUGACCAUCUUUCAUGGUUGGCAGAUUGCAAGAUCAGUCGCAAGAUAUUUCACUCACAAAUGAAGAACACUUUUCCAUUCACAUAGAUAACGAUCAUUGUACAUAUGCAUCUUUCUAUAGACUGUGUUUGAAGUGGGCUUUGUAAGGAAGAAAAUGACUUGUGUGGUGGUAUUGAGUGAUCUAGUUAUGUGUACAGUCGUCAUGGCAUAGUGUUCUUUUUCCCAUACACAAGACAACAGUAGAAGACACUUUAUUGUGCACAGAUCUUAUAAAACUUUCCGGGAACAAUGAUCUGAAAUUGUAUGUUGAAUAUAUUGAUGGUUCUUCAUACUGUACCUAUAAAUGUCUUCAUACUUUUGCAAGUUGAAUAGGAAUCAGAACAUAACCAGAUUUUUACACUCAUAGUCGAAAGAGCUGGUCAGUAUACCGAGCACAAAACCAAAUAUAGCAGUUCUCCCAACUUCCUUCUUUUAGUCAAAUUUCAUUGGAUUGACACAGUAUGCCUCCUAAGCUAUUCUCUUUUCACCGUGUGUUUUAUGGGUAGUCAUAUGAGUGAAUUUCAAGUUCAAAUGCUCUUAAUAUAUACUACUUUCAUUCAGUUUUAAGAGAUAGAUAGGUGGGUUUCCAGUCAUAAUUUCCAUUUAUGUGUAUAUAUGCAUAUAUAUCUGAUGAUAAGAAUGUUUUAAAAGAGAAUUCUCACUUACUUGUUAAUAAAGAUAUUGUUAAAUCAAUGAUAUCAAAAUGUAUCUACAAAUUAUGAACAUUUCCCACGUGUUUGUAGUUACAGAGAGAGAAGUCCGAAGUAAGUCACCAUUGAACCUCUAUUGUGGUUAAAAGUUUUCCUUUUCUUGUUUUUUUUUUUUUUUCUUUUUUUCUUUUUCUUUUCUUUCUCACUCCUUUCCAAAGUAAGUCACCAUUGAACCUCUAUUGUGACUACAAGUUUUCUUUUUUUUUCUAUUUCUUUUUCUUUUCUUCCUCUUUUCUUUCUCACUCCUUUUAGUACAUUUUAAACAGUAGCUUUACUCCACUGCAGACACAGCUCUAAAAUUGGGGCUCCUGAGGAUGGAGUUACUCCCUGGUUUAAUCUAGCAGUAUGGAUUUAUAUCAUCCAUGUGAUAAUUUGGUUGUACAUUUUUGUAAUGAUCCAAUUAGGCUAAAUAAACAAAAAAAUGUUGAACUUUCCAGUGACAUGGCAAAGUAAACUGAAAGGAUUAUAAUUAUUGCAUUUGUCCUUUCCACUCUUCCAUUAUUAUUAUUUUUUUUAUACUCAUGUUAUUCUCCUUUAUAUCCUCUUCACACCCACCCCCCCUCCCCCCAGGGUUUUGGUUUCAUGAGUAAAUAUCAGCAAAAUAGUUUUCUCUGUCAUAGGUAACAUUUAAUACCAUAAAAAACAACUAAAACAAUAUAUCUUGUCAAAAUUGAUGUCCUUUAUGCCAAAUCUUUUUCAAAAUUAAAAGGAAAAAACUCAAAAUUUUGUUUUUUUUUGGGAUAGGAAGAUCACAAUUUUUUGUAUAAAUUUGGCUCGGAAAAUUAGAAAAUUAGAAAAUCAGCUUUUGAGUUUAAUAUAUAAGGACAAGUGUAAUCUCUCUUCUUGAAUCAGAGUAAAGUAAUUUCAUAGUAGUAGUUUUAAUUUAUUUGUAUUCUAUUGAGUUACUGCAAUGCAUAUUUAUUUGAUUUUUUUUCUUCCAUCAUUUUUUGCGAACGGUUAUUUCUGCAUACCUCAAAAUGUGCCAUUUAUGCACAAGUAAUACAUUCCAUUGCCUAUAAAUAAGAUAAAAUCUUUCACAUAAAAAUGAAAUAAAAGAAAAAAUAUAUAUACAGAUAAAGAGAGUGAUGGUAGGUUCUUCAUUAUUACUGAAGUUUCUAUUAAUGUUUGCUGUAGAGUUCUAGUCAUGAUAGAGAUGAAUGAAAUGAUAGUACCAGUAUUAUUUGUGUACUUUGAUAACACUGAAUGGGAAUAGGGUUGAAAAUUACUGGCAUUAAUAAAUUAUUUGACGUAAAUUGAUAACGAUAAUAUUGUAGUUAGGUGAAGUUAUUUAAAGAUGAAGAAAAGGGAGAGGGACUGAUAAAAUGUCUUGUCCCAAAAUGAAAAAAAAAAAAUCAAACUACAAUUCUGUUGAUAUUUCACUUUUAUCCCUAACAGAUUUUUAUGAAUGAAAGUAGCUUGUAGUAUUCAGAUACAACAUUCAUUCUUAAAAGGAGAGAUUUAUCAAUGGGUUUUAGUUGCAAAGGUCACAAGUGUUCUUUGUAGUACACUAUUGUAGGUCAAUUUCCUUACCUUUUAACAUUAUUUUGUGCCUGCAUAUGUAAAGGUAUGUUUUAAAUGUUAAAAGUUAUUUUUGAAUCUGUGUUUAUAUAAAAAAAUCUUGAAACUCU